AUGACAAACUCCAAUCAACGAAAAUUGAUAGUGGGUAUCGACUUUGGCACUACGUACACAGGCGUUGCCUGGGCCGAAACGAGACGAGCUGAUGACAUUCAUGUAAUCGAUACAUGGCCGUCAAGACUGGGAUCGAACGAGGGUGAGAGUAGUGUCAAAGUUCCAACCCAGCUACGCUAUACACCACAAGGAACAGAAUGGGGGUUUCAGAUUCCAUCCACCGUUGAACGGAAUCAUUGGUUUAAAUUAGGAUUGCAAGAAAAUAAUGCUUCUGAAGGAGGGGAAAAAAGCGCAGAGGAACUAACAACAGACUACCUGGCUGAAGUAUACAAACAUGUACUCUACACUCUAGAGCAAAAGAUUGGAGCUGUGAUUCUUCGAACAAUACCUAUCGAGUUUUGUCUGACAGUGCCAGCUAUCUGGUCUGAGGCAGCUAAAGAGAAAACACUCAAAGCCUGCCAGAAGGCUGGUCUGAAUUCCGAAUCCGAGAUCAUGUUAGCGUCAGAACCGGAAGCCGCUGCUAUCUCUGCUUUACAUGGACUCGAUCCCCAUGGCCUUACGGUUGGAGACUGCUUUGUCGUUUGCGAUGCAGGUGGUGGAACAGUAGACUUAAUUUCAUACAGAAUUAAGUCACUGUAUCCUAGACUACAAGUUGAAGAGAUGACUGCUGGAACCGGAGGUCUCUGCGGCUCGGUUUUUCUCAACCGCCGAUUUAUCGACUUUAUAACGCGAAAGUUGAACGGACAACAAGGUUGGGACGAAGAGGUACUUGCAGAGGCGUCAGAGCGAUUUGAUACAGUGAUCAAGCAACAGUACUUGCCUUCUCGAGAUGGCGACGACGGAUAUCCAGUGCCUGUUCCCGCUUUGGCCAACAAUGAGCGAGUAGGCAUACGACGUGGCAAGUUCACGAUCAACAAGAACGAUAUGCACGACAUUUUUGAGCCUGUCAUUCAUAAGAUUAUAUGGUUCGUGCAAGACCAGAUUCGCCUGUCCGGGGGUAAAGCGAAGUCGGUCCUCCUUGUCGGCGGGUUUGGUCAGAACACCUACUUGAAAGAACGUCUGCGCGAAUCACUCCCGGGUAUUGAAGUGUUGCAACCACCGAAUGCUUGGACCGCUAUUGUUCGUGGAGCUGUCAUGAUGGGCUUAAGCAACGCGAAUACCUCUUUAAGCACCGUACAGGUCGUAUCACGCAGGGCGAGAAAGCAUUAUGGUAUGAAGUUGAAUGUCAAUUAUGAAAAACGAAUACAUGACAAGAAUAAAAGAUACUUGUGUCCUUAUCAUGGGGGCCAUCGGGUGGAGGCAAUGGAAUGGUUCAUUCGCAAAGGCGACGUCGUUGAAGAAAAAAAGCCGAAGAUUAUCAAAUUUCAUAAAAGAUUUCCGGUUUCUGAGGGCAGAAGGGACUCUUACAAUAUUACUGUCUAUGCUGAUUCAGAGAGUUCAGCUGCACCAGUCCAUCCUUGCGAGAAUGUCAAAACCCUCGUGUCUCUCAGAAUCAACCUAAGUUCCAUAUCCAAAUAUCAGUGGAAGAAGAUGAUCAAGACUGGCGAUGAUGGAAAGAAGUACUAUAUCGUUGACGGGAAUAUUGAAGUAACAUUUUGGUCUGCUUCGACAACGUACAAACUCUCUUGCGAAUGGGGUUUGGAUGCAUCCGUGACUGCGGAAUAUGCAUGA